CCGUGCUGCUUGCAACUCACUUGGAGAUAGAUUGCGCGGAAAAACAUAGGCAGAGGCCGGGCUACUCUGUUUUCUGCGUUUUCCAAUCGCUGGUUGGAGUUCAUCAGGUCCUAAAGUCUGAGAGACCGGGAUGAGAUGCGUAGCGUUGGAAUUUGAAGAUGGCAGCUGACAGACACUCAGAUGCGCCCACGCGAUGUGGGUUUCAUAUAGUGGGAUCUAUUUCCGAGUCUGUUGUUGAUAUUGUCGUGGUUCCUCCAGUCGGAGCACACCCAAUCCAGGCGUGGACAAGUGGUCCUGCGCAAAAGCCAUGGCUCGUCUCGCAGCUUAGACAUGAUAUUAAAAAUGCCCGUGUGCUGCUGUUCGACCAUGGUGAGCUAAGCGAGAGUGAUGAUCUAGAUAGCCUGGGGCAAAAUUUGCUUGAUCAGCUUCAAAAGGAGAGGCAGGGCACGUUGAUACCCCACGGUCAAUUCAACCGGCGGCCACUCUUCUUCAUCUGCCACAGCACCGGCGGGCUUGUGGCCAAGGUAGCCAUCAUCAAGGCCAGUCGGUCCAAGGCAGUCUCGUCAUCAUCAAUUCUAACCAGUUGCCAUGGAAUUGCCUUCCUUGCUACUCCCCACCAAGGAUCUAGCUACUUAUCGGCUGCAGAUUAUGCUGAAAGCAUCCACCAUCUCAUGCGGCUUAAGUACCUGAUUCCUCAGCGUCUUCGGGAAUGUUUCAGACCUCGAGACCACCGAUUAUUGUACCUGUCGAAUAAAUUCAGGUCCGUUUCUUUGGAUAUGAGAAUCUGGACUUUCCUGGAGACGGUCGACUCCAUUAUCAAGGUUAGAGAUGCCGAUACCGGCAAUGGAGUCGAAUUUCAUGUCCCAGUCACGUCGAUCCGAUCUGGCCUUUUGGGGUUGGAACACGAAAAGGAGACGCCUCUCGCCACGGAUCAUGUCGGCACUGCAUCUUUUAAGCAUCAAGAAGCUUCAAAACUCAAUUUCUUGAGUGAGCUUGUUCAAGCCGUGGAGAAGGCAGUCUCGUUGUCGCAGAAGCCAGACUUUCCAUUGGAUGUUAAAAAGGAUGUCCUGAUCCAAGUGAAUGGGUUUUUUGAAAGUACCUCCUUGGGCGUGAGCGAGGAAUCUCCCCUGAAGCUCUGGUCGACAAAGAUUCCGUUGCGUGAAUAUCUGGAAAAGGGGGCUGGACAUUGCCUCCGCGCUAGGUUGCAGAGUACUGCGAUUCAGCCUGAUCUGGAUGAUGACUCGUCGUUGAGCAGUUUUGAAGGGAUUCAAACCGGCAUUCAGGAAUCCUCCACGGAGGAAUCACAAAGCUCGACUCCUGCUCGCCCACAAUUGAAGAGGAUGCGAUCCAGUCUGAGACAAAUCAAGGAAACAUUCGGGCGAGCUCGAAGGUCCACUGUUACAAUGCCUCCCGUAAAAUCUGAUUCUACACCGGCAUCACCCCCGAUUCCAGAAAUCCGGAUCCUUGAGACCCAACGUGGGGUAAAUGCGGAAGGCGAAGGAGAAGGCGAAGAUGAAAGUUCUUCUGGCUUCAUGGACCACAGUUCUCCAAGACAAUCAAUGGCUUCCUUUUCAACAAGCCAAAGCUCAAAGAACCAAGGCUACCUCCCACUGCCAACACCAGCGAGGGGCCUGCCAUAUGAAGAACGCGGUCCUAGGUCUGCUCCUGGCUUCGAUCGACCCGAGCCGGGCUCUGAGAAACUCCUCUGGAUCCAUGUUCCGUACACGCAUACUGGAUGGGUACCUAAGAUUCUUGCUAAGGCAUCUCAUUGGGACCAUGCCAAGUCAAGCUUUUUUCUGAGCAACGAGCAUUGGUAUUCGUAUCAUAACCGAGGUCGCCAUCUACAGCCCCAUGCACGGUUCGUACAACCCGCCUGCAUCCAUCACAGAAAAGUUACUUUUCGGGAAGAUCCGCAGUUGGCAUUAUAUUUCCCCUACCUUCACUGGGACACGUAUUUGAACAUGUAUCGACGACGUCAAGUUGUACAACAGAGACUGAAACAGGGACGCACGAGACCAACGCCUGAUAAGAUCUCGAGAUCCAGCUUAGAAGCCAAACUGAUAUGGAGUUAUUUGGGAUCUGAACCACCGAUUCACCUCCGACGGACUUUAGAUCAGUUCGGCUAUUCGAACCUGCGGUCAACCGUAGCAAGAGAUGAUGACCAGAUGCUCUGGAAGCGCACAAGAAAGCCCAUCCGGUCAGAUUUUCAGUUCGAGACCCGAGAGCCACAUGUGGAACAGCAGGAUAGUUUCAAUUCGACGCACCCAUUCAUGGACGGGAAAGUCCUAAUGGUAGACCAGCUGUGGCUGUGGAUUGUGGAUAAGAAGACAGUCGUGACAUUCUUCCCAAACCAGGAAGCCUCAACUUCCGAAGAGAAGUUAUACGAGCAGAUAAAUCUACACACCAGCAUCUAUAACGAGCUAAACGGGGAUCUUGCCAGACGAUUUGACACUGCGGGUGACCUUGCCGCACUGAUAGUUUUGCACGCUGUCACUGUCCUUCUUGACAAAUCCCUGCAGCGUGACUUGCAGGUCCUUCGGAUAUUUGAGGAGUCCAUAAGCAUUCUGACCGAAUCUAUCACCCGAUCGUUUAAAAGCUUUCGUGGUCGUAGCUUCGUCGACCACCCCGUGGAUCCAAACGAGAAUCCAGGGGAAACUGCAGUGGCUACUGCAGAGCGUGAUGAGAGAGAACGGCGGGAGGAUCUUUCAGCUUUAUUAGAACUCCGAGACAUAAUUGACGAGCUUGGGACGAUUAUGAGACUGCUUGACCAACAAGAAGCAACUAUCAACGAGAUGGUGUCAUACUACGGAAAUAAGGGCUACGGAUAUAGGUUUUUGGAGGCUGCCCUGAAGAGACUCAGGGAAUAUCACACCCAAGUUGCCGAGAUGAGGACUGAUUCACAUUCAGCUCAAAAAGCGGUGGAGAAUCUUCUUGAUCUCAAGCAGAAACAAGCAAAUGUGGACGAAGCCCGGAUGGCUCGAUGGCAAGCAGAGGUGACUCAAGAUCAGUCCAGAUCGGUAAUGGUCUUUACAAUAUUCAGUGUCGUAUUUCUACCACUUUCUUUCUUCACAUCGCUCUUCGGCAUUAAUGCCCGAGAAUGGAGCGGUACUCCUCAGAAUCUUCCCCUUUGGGAGAUGUUUGCCAUUGCAGCACCAACUUCAAUCGCAAUCAUCGUCAUUGCUCUCACGAUGGCAUUCAGUCAACACCUCCGCGACGCCGUCACAACAACACACAAGAUCGCAUCUGGAUUCUCCAAAGAAUACAUCUCGGAUCCCACCCGCAGAUUUCUGCGUUGGGAUACUUUCAUCAAAAAGCUACAUUCGUUGAUCCCGGAGAAAUCUCCCCUCAAAAUAAAAAUUGAUAAAUAUCUUGGCUCGAACGGGAAUUACCAUCCUGCCGAGUAUGACAUUUGGAGACGACACGAGGAUAAAACAACCAUGGAUGCGACUUCGGGUCUGCGAGGAUUUCGUUCUUUGUCACCCUUACCAGGCAGGGUACGUGAAUUUGAGAAUAAUAAGGAUGAUGGGAGUCCGUUGGCGAACGGGGAAAAGAGCGAGAAGAACGACUAUGCCGAGAGGGUGAGAAGUCGGGGUCUGGAGAUGGAUUUGCCCUGACCGUUUAGCUCCAUAUGUACUUGAUUUCCUGCAUGUGUCCAAGGCCUUCCCUUUCUACGUUGGUGCUCACCCCAUGCUCACCAAGUGCAUCUUAUAAUAAGCUUCGUGGUCUCUUCCUAGGCCGGAAUCUGAGGCCAUAAUCACCGCAACCAUCAUGCAAUGUUUUAGCUCUUUACUUUAAUGAGGUGAAACUUUGAAUAUGCAUUCUCUGUGCUGGACGCUCGUACCUCACGUGGAAACUCAGCCCUGGGCUCCAUCUGGGGAAGCUUCCAA